AUGUUUUGGACUAUCUUAAUUUCAUCAAUCUCUAUAUUAAUCAUUGCAAUAUAUGUUUACAUGAAAUGGAAAUAUUAUACACUACGUAGUCCAAUACCUGGUCUAAAACCCGAAUUCUUAUUUGGUAAUCUUCGUCAACUUGAUAUUCUGGGAUCAAACAGAGAACUAAUCGAUAUUUAUAAUCAUGGUGGUGAAAAAAUGCAACAAAAAUUUGGAGAUAUAUUUCAAUAUUGGAUAGGUGCAAAUCAUUUUUAUGUAUUUUGUCGAGUCGAACAUGUCGAACAAAUUUAUGCAAAUCGUUCUCGAUUCGAUCGUGCAGACAUGCGUCUAAAAACAUUUGGAUUAAUAGCAGAAAAUUUUCUUAUUGCACUUAUAGGUGCAAAAUACAAAACGACAUGUCAAAUGAAUGAUAAUCAACAUUUAAUGUUAGAUACAUUCAUACUUCUAACAUUUGAUUAUGAUUUGGGCAAUUUAAAAUAUUUAGCUAGAGAAGCAACACGAUUUAAUCCAAACGAAAAAUAUGAAUCAUCCUAUUUCAGUCGUGCAUUAUCGAUUUGGCUCGAUGUAUUGAAACGUGCCACAAUGAAUGGUAUGCCAUACAUCGUCAAUUAUUAUUUAUUGAAAUUUGAUUGA